CGUCAAUCAAACGUUAAUAAAGAAUUAUUAUAAUUAUAAUUAAUAUUUGUCUCUAGUUUAAUGCUUUAUUUUAUAAAUUAUGGAAGAAAUAAAAGUGACAAAUAUAUGCAGGGCAUGUAUGUGUACAGAUGGAGCAAUGAAACCGAUGUUUAUAUCUGAAAAUCUAACACCAGCCUUAGCUAAUAUGCUUAUGUCUUGUACAAAUAUCCCAAUUUCUGAAUUAGAUGGGUUGCCUGGACAAAUUUGCGAAGGAUGUGAAAUUUCAUUACACUCAGCUUUUUUGUUUAAACAACAAUGUGAAAGAUCUGAUGUAGAAUUGAGAAAAGUGUUUGGAAAUACGGAGAAUGUUUUAGAAGAUAAACAAAUCAAGGAUGAGCCUAUCACAGAACCUAUUGAUUUCGAUUUACUAAAACCUAAAAUCGAAAUUGAAAUGGAUGCUGAAGAAUUCUUAGAAGGUGUGGAAGCCACCGAUGAUUUGGAAGAAACAGAACUGGAAAUUCCCCAUAGGCGCAGGGGCAGAAAAAAAUUAACCAAUGAUUUUUCUUGCGAUAUCUGUGGAAAAAUCUUUGAUAAGCUUUAUCGUUUGCAAAGGCAUUUAAAUGUUCAUAAUUCAGAAGGAAAACCUUUUGAGUGCACAAUAUGUUAUCAACGUUUUGUUAGAGAAGAUUUAUUGAUAAGACAUAGAAUAAAACAUUCAGAAUUAAUGUCUAAAAAUUUCAAUUCUGAAGAUAUAAAAGAAAUAUAUAAGUGCUCAGAGUGUGAUAGAGUAUUCAGGAAGCAGGAGUCUCUUUCAGCACACAUGCAAAAGCACAAAAAUGAAGAACCUCAGAGUUAUGAAUGUACCGAGUGCGAAAGAACUUUUACUAAAGCAAGCCAUUUAUCACGGCAUAUGAAAAUACAUGGCAAUGUUAAGCCUCAUAAAUGUCAGUUGUGCCCAAAAUCAUUUGCUCUUGGUGGUCAACUAAUAGAUCAUAUGAAUAAACAUAAUGGUAUUAAGCCACAUGUUUGCCCAGAGUGUGGAAAAGGUUUUCAGCAAUCUUGUACUUUAAAAGAUCAUUUACGAACGCACAGUGGGGAGGCGCCAUUCCUAUGCUCUGAAUGCGGUAAAGCUUUUAAUAACAGCAGUAACUUACGACAACAUUUAGUUCGACAUUCAGGCUUAAAGCCUUUUGCAUGUUCACAGUGUCCAUCACGAUUUGCAAGCAAAGGGGGCUUAACAUCACACGAAGUUACACAUACAGGUGCUAAACCUUAUAUUUGUGAUACAUGCGGCUCAGGUUUUACAAAACCCUAUAGUCUUGUUAAGCAUAAACGUAUUCAUACAGGAGAGAAACCUUAUGCAUGUGAAGUAUGUUCGAUGAGGUUUAAUUCUUCUGAUCACGUCAAACGUCAUAUGCGUACUCAUACAGGUGAAAAGCCAUAUAAAUGCAAAUAUUGUGACCGUGCAUUUAGUCAAAGUAAUGAUUUGGUGAAACACACUCGGAGUCAUGUUGGGGAUAACACAUACAAGUGUCCAGACUGCCCAGAGAGUUUCAGGCUUCUUGGGGAGCUUAGAGCUCAUAGUAAAGUGCAUUUUGUGCCUCCAUCUGAUGCCCAUCCUUCCACUAUUAAAACCCAACCUAAAGAAGAAAUUGAGAAUUUUACAGAGGCUAUUGUUCAACAUUUACAAGAGCAGCAACAAUUAGAAGCACUUGGAUAAUAGUCAUAAGAAUGGGUAAAGAAAUUAACUAUUUUUCUAUUUUAUAACUUGUUAUAAACAAGCAAAAGUUAAACUUUUAGUAUUAACUAGAGUUUACUAUUUUGAUAUGAGACUUGUGCUUAGUUUUAAUUUUAGCAAAUUAUAUCUAAUAUUAUUGUUAACCAUCAUUGGUGUUGGUAUUUGUUUAUUCUCUACAUAUAUACAUAUUACAUUUUUCAGCAGACACAACUGUGCUUGGUCCACAGAUAAAAAACAUUUUAUUGUAUUGAUAUUCAUAGGAUAGAGAGAGAAUCAUUAAACCUUUCUCGGAUAAAUUUUUACCAAUAUAUCUUUGGGAUUAUACAGAAGCGUCAUGUUAUUGUAACAAUGAAGAACUUGCUACCUAAUGAGAUAGGUAAAAAUUGCAUAUAAUCAUAUUUUUGCAAGCUUUCUGUCCUGGAUUCAUUCAAGGUGAUCUGUAAAUUUUGCCUUUGAUAAGUAAGCUUUGUUGAAAGAUUUUUUAUUACCAGUCCCAGAUGUGUUUUUACCAUAGUUAAAAGAAGAGUAGAUGAUUUUUACAAUAAGUUUUUUUUUAAAUAUAAAUUUAAUUUACAUUUUUGUUGGGAUGUAUAUAGGCAGCUGUAAAAACAUAAGCAUUUAGUUACAUGUA